ACUCUUCUCUUACCCACUGCGCCCAUUCCGCACUAGGCACCGGCACCUUGUGGACAUGGAAAUCGGGCAAGCAAGACUGGAGCUGAUCUGCAAGCAGUUCGGCCCGUGCAUACGCCGCGCAAUCCACCUUCCCCGCUACCACAAACUUUGCCAUGAUCUUCCCGAUCUUCCCCGCUCUCGGCAGUCUGAUCUUUGAUCGUUGCAGCGCUCUCGUUUGCGCAUGCACUUUGUAUACGGGUAACCAUGGCAAUAACACCCCGGCUAUCAAAGCACGUCAUCGUAAACAUUGCGCGCGUAAUAAAUAAUUCAUGAAUAACGGCAAAACCAACAUCACUGUGUGCAGUUUUUACUGGCUAUCUCUCUCCCUGCUGAAGAAACCGAGUAAAGCUCUGGGCGCCGUUUCCAUCAGUGGACCGAGAGUCGCAAGCGACACUAGAGAAACAGCAAGGCAGAAGAGGAAGAGAGAUGGAGGCACGGCUUCUGUCGGACGCCCUCAAGACGGACACCCACGUCCGGGUCCAGGUGGCCGAGGAGCUGUCCGACUGGAUGAAGAACGAGGAGAACGACCCUGAGAACUUCCCCGAGCUGGAGCGACUCGUGGGAGCUCUAGCUCAGUGGAUGGGCAGCAGUAACUACAAGGUGUCCAUAGCAGGUAUGGAGGUGCUGGUAAUUCUGGCUGGUAGAAUGAAAGACAGAUUCCGACCAUACAUAUCGACUGUCUUUCCUCCACUGAGGGAGAGACUAGGGGAUUCGAAGGAGCAAGUGAGAGAGGUAGCUCAGCAGCUGACUCAGAAGAUAAUGGUCGAUGUCGUUUCGUCUCCGCAACAAUUCCUCGACAAGAUACUGGAGACCGGACUGGGUCACAAGAACUGGAGGGUGAAAGACCAGGUCCUAGUCUGUCUCUCACGAGCUAUUGACUAUUUUGGGGCCGGACAGGUAGCCGUUGGCAGGCACAUGGCGGGUAUUGUCACGUUGCUAGGAGACGCUAACAGCCAGGUUCGGUCCUGCGCCAUGGACACCAUAGUGGAAGUGUACCGACAUGUCGGGGUUAAAGUUCGAACUGACCUUCUAAAACGAAACGUUCCCGGAGGAAGGAUGGCAACACUCAACGCGAGAUUUGACGCGAUUGACGCGGCUACUAACGCAGUUGACGAGCCCGGAACAGAGGACGUUGAUCUGGACGACGCCAGCUCAGGGUGCAGUUCACUCUCCGCCCGAACACAGGGCUCCGUGAUGAGCAUCGAGGCGGCGGCCAGCACCGGGAGCUAUCGGUCCCGCACCCUGCCACGCCCUUCGUCGAGGGGCGUGGCCUCUGGGUCGAUGGCGGGCGGAGGAUCAGGAGGCGGAGUCGCCGAGGAGGAUUUCCAGAAGGCUUUUCUGGAUGUACCUUCUGUCACUAUCUACACCAGUCAUGAUCUGGACAAGAUAAUGUCCCGAGUCCAGACCACUCUGGUAGACGGUUCCAAACCUUGGGAACAGAGAGUAGCUGCUAUGAAGGAGAUAAGAGGGGUGGUAGCCACGGAGCGAGUCGACCGUCAGCAACUGCUCGGCCAUCUGAAGAGCAUGCAAGACGCCUUUCUAACUUCGUUGAAGGACCUGAGAUCUCAGGUGACGAGAGAAACGUGUGUAACUCUGGCCUACGUGUCGACGGUCAUGGGGGUGGAGUUUGUGGGUGUGGCCGAAAACAUGCUGACUCAGCUCAUUCCUCUUCUUCUUAACUCGGCAAAGAUAAUGGCCACCUCUGCCAGCAUCUGUGUCAAGUUCAUUCUCAAGAACUCGCCGAGUCACCGACUGCUGAAUCCUAUCUCUUCCAUUGGUCUCUCAAGCAAGUCGGCCAUCAUUAGGAAGCAGUGUGCCGAGUUUCUGUUGCUGGCCUUGUUGUCGUGGGAACGACCUGUGGUCGAGAAGGCAGCGUCCGUCACCGAGGACUUGCUGAGAAAGGGGCUUGCUGACGCUGACGCUACUUCCAGAAAACACUGUCGCAAAGCGUACUGGAGCUAUCACGGAAAGCUACCCUCAAGAGCUCAAAGAUUCUUCGAUUCUCUGGACCCACAGCUCCAGAGGCACAUCAAUGACGAGAAGGUUGCCAUGGAGAAGGGAGACGUAGCCAGACCGACGUCGUCGCUGGGGGGCAAAGUUCACAAGAAAGCUCCGCCCCCUAGCAAUCACUCCAAUAGUAAAGUAGAUGAUUCAAUUACGCCAGAGAUGAGCGCUACUCUCAAGAAAGCCCUGUCGUCCAUCGCCAAUAUUUGCCCCCCGGCCCCUGCUCCCUUGAAUUCCUCAUCGGUCCCCCCAGAUGGGGCCCCCGGAUCUCCCCCAUACAACCUCCCUGCCACGCCUUCCCUUCGCAUCCAGAGACCCACCGUCAGAAUUUCCAACAAAAAACCUCCGCUGAACGCCGCACGGAGCACCGAGAACUUGCUCAGCGGGGGACCGGGGGGGAGCCCCCUUCAUCAUAGACCUUCGUCACGGUCCGGAGUCCGUUCCGGAAUCAGACCGCCGUCUCGCUCAGGGAUGCUCCUGAAGAAGAAAUCGAGCGAUCUCCUUCUCCCGGGGAAACACGGAUCGGGAGUGAGACUGUCUCGAAGUCACCAGCCCAGCCCGGCGCACAGUCGUGAGUCCAGUCCGCAUCGUCCCAGUUCCAGACAGGCAUCGGGGAGAGUGGGCGUGCCCACCAAAGAGACAAUGCUUAGUCUCUACGGAGGAGGUGAGUAUGGUGAUGAGGAUGACGACGCCGCCAGUGUCAACAGCGAGAAAUCGACGUUCUCGGUCUCCAGUGAAGUCUCCAUUUCUCCAUACAUGAAAUAUGCCAACCCUGUCACAGUCAGUACAUUAGCACAUCAACACAGCAGAAUUCUGUUUCAGACUCAGAAAGGCUCUCCUUUCCCCUUAAAGGGAAUGUGCCAGUAUUACUAAAAACUGCACCUUAAUUGCAUUCUUACACUGGGCCCUUAUUGUUUAGUUCUAUCUUUAGUAACAUUUCUAAAUUUAGCUAUUAUGUAAUGCCACAUUCCAUUUAAUACCCUCCCUCAUCUUUCUCUUUUCUUUUUUCUCUCUCUCAUCUUUCCAAAGGAUGUCAGUGAGCUGCUAGCUCUCUGCUCGAGUCAGAGUUGGAGCGACCGAAAGGACGGAAUGGCACAACUCAAGAUUCUUCUAGAAAAUCCUGAAAGAGAACUGUUACAUUCAGACAUCAACACGAUAAAGACAAUAUUCAAGAAAAUGUUCUCAGAGCCGCAGAUGAGGAUUUAUUCCCUGUUUCUCGAGGCUCUGAGCGUCUUCAUCGAAGAUCACAGAGAACAUCUCGAAGACUGGCUCUUUCUCAUAUUGCUACGGUUACUGCAUCGCCAUGGCAGCGACCUCCUCGGACACAUGCACUUCAAACUACAACUCAUCUUAGAACUCAUCAGGAAGUCGUUUGACACCGACCAGCAAUUUAUGACUUUGUGUAGGAUUUUGAACGAUCAAAGCCAGCCAAUGAACAGAAAGGUGAGGUUGGCUUGGCUGGAGUAUUUGUCUGAGCUGAUUCCACUGAUGGACUCUGGCGACCUUCGAGAAAACGCUGAAAUGAGGCAGGCGAUCUCGAAGCUAAUCCAGGCCACAUCUGAGCCAAAGAGCGGCGACAUUCGUCGACUCAGUCAGAGCGUCAUUACCGGUCUGUUCGAUCUGAACCCUGCGACCUUCUCAAUCAUGCUUCGCUCGGUCUCCAAGACGCUGCAGGACACGGCAAACAAGAUUCUCAAGGUCUACAUGCAGGAGGCGUCGUCUAGUUCGGAUGACGAGCCGUCUAGCCCCUCCCACAAACGACCUGCCAGUCAGGCUUCUCGGCACCGUACUAACAUCCCUUCCUCUCCUUCCUCAAAGCUCGCCUCUCCUCGACCAGCUACUAGCACAGCGUUCUAUCGACCAACCACGCCCUCUCGAAGCCGCACCCCUUCAGGAAGCGGGAGUACCCCGGAAAGUGGGCGGGGCCUCACUCCGAGUCGAUCAUCUGGCGGUUCCGGGAUUCCGGUUCCACGAUCCUCGUCCCGGACUGGAAUGAGGACACCGGGGGGCGUGUCCCGGCGCCUGUCUGCGUCGACGUCUGACGUCAGUGAUGAUUUAACAAAAACUCCACAAAAUGGUCUUAAACAGCCGUCACCACGAUCUCAACGCUCCCUCGCAUCGUCCACGAGCAGCGGAAACAUAUCCGGUAUCCCCCGGCGACCGGGCUCGACCACGCCCGGGCAGACUCCGCCCACCGUGCGGCGUCAGAACGUGCCUCCUCCGCGGUCGGCCUCGGUUGAUCCCGACGUCAUGGCUGAGAGAACAGCAGCUGCCGAGCUCAAGAGGCCAGACAGUGCUCGCUCCAACUAUGACCCGGUGCGGUACAACAAUGGUACAGAGAAAGGUGAGGAUGCCGAGACCAAGACGGAGGGGGCCGCCGGGAAGGGGGGCGAGGGGGACCAAAACCCCGAGAAAUUUUUGUUCUCCGACCUCCCGAGACUAGACUACGGUUCCGGAGACGAGAGAGAGGAGAAAGAGGCCCCCAGCGGAGUGGGCGGGGCCAGCACUGACGAACACUCGCGCGACCAGAUGGCUCUGGCACUCCGCGAACUCGGCACCUCAACGAGCUCUAAACAAAAGCAGACGGCACUGCAGACUAUAUUCACGCAGGCUAGAACCUUUCCAGAGAAGUGCCACUGGUCGGAGCAUUUCAAGACCGCGAUGACUCUCUUGCUGGAGGCAAUGUUGAACUCUGAAGAGGUUCCCGUGAGGUCGCUGGCUCUGAGGAUAGUGAGAGAGCUGCUGAAGACGGAACACAAGAGGAUGGCCGAGUAUGCAGAGAUCAUGACGCUGAGGGUGCUGGUUAACUUUGCUGAUGGUGACGCGAGUGUGAGUCAGGCGGCAGAAGACACGUUCUCUCUCCUGGCACCAGCCCUUCCGCCAGAGCCAACUGUGGAUCUUCUCUGCCCCAUGGUCGGGAGGGAGAAGUACCCAAUGCUACUGGGCUGCAUACGACUCCUCACUAAGGUGGCAACCAUCUCACCUGCGGGCUACCUCCGGUCCAAACUGGCCGACCUGGUCCCGGGACUCAUCCGAGGCUACGCUCACCAGGAGAGCACCGUCAGGAAGGCCAGCGUGUUCUGUCUCGUUGCCGUGCACUCGGUCGUCGGGGCAGAGCUGAAGGAACACCUCACUAAACUCAGCUCCUCUCAGUCCAAGUUGUUGGACUUGUAUAUCCGUCGCCACCAGCAACAGUCACAGAAUGGUCCCCAGUGACCCUUUGACCUCUCCUCUACACAUGUAGUACAAGACGACGACUACCUCUCGUUCAUCAUUUUGCAUCUCAUGUCACAUGACUGUCAUGUGACACCCUCUGCUUGGCUCGUGUACAUCCACUUCAUUUUCUUAUCUCUCUCUCUCUCUCUCUUCCUCGCUCCUUCAUUCUCUCAUGCUGUGGUUUUAUCGCAUUGCCCGUCUCAACCCAUGUGUGUGUAUGUUAUACUCUGUCAAUAAUAACAUAAUAUCGCUAGUGCAUAAUAUAUAUAAUUAUCGCUGGUGCAUAAUAAUAUCUUCCACUUCAUAAUUUUUUCUGGGUCAGUAUUCGUUGCAAAGUCAGGUCUGCUAAACAAUUAAUAUAAAUCGUGAUUAAUAAAUUACCCUGGACACCCAU